AUGCAUUCUGAUGUCGGUGGUGCUGACAGUGUUGUGAUGGCACAGCCGACAAUAGACGACAUGGAGGACACUGAGCAAACGGUGCCAAAGCUGAGUCCGUUGCAUGUGUCAGCAGAUAGCGAUAUUGCGCAGAACUCGCUCGGUGAUACCGAUAUUGCCAUCGGAGGUGGCAUAUCAUCUACUCUUGGGUCCGAGGCAGAUACAUGCGCAAAAGACGUGGAGCCCGCGUUUGCUGUUCAAGCAUCAGAUGAUCGACCGAUUCGUCCUGCUCAGUCCACGUUUGAGCAGAUGCAUUCUGAUGUCGGUGGUGCUGACAGUGUUGUGAUGGCACAGCCGACAAUUGACGACAUGGAGCAAACGGUGCCAAAGCUGAGUCCGUCGUAUGUGUCAGCUGCGUCAGCAGAUAGCGAUAUCGCGCAGAACUCGCUCGGUGAUACCGAUAUCGCCAUCGGAGGUGGCAUAUCAUCUACUCUUGGGUCCGAGGCAGAUACAUGCGCAAAAGACGUGGAGCCCGCGUUUGCUGUUCAAGCAUCAGAUGAUCGACCGAUUCGUCCUGCUCAGUCCACGUUUGAGCAGAUGCAUUCUGAUGUCAAUGUCGGUGGUGCUGACAGUGUUGUGAUGACACAGCCGACAAUAGACGACAUGGAGGACACUGAGCAAACGGUGCCAAAGCUGAGUCCGUCGUAUGUGUCAGUUGGCGCAGCAGUUGGUGAUUAUUUGCCGAUUGUUGGACCUGCAGCCUAUACAAAUGGUGCUGGCGAUGUUUUGGGUAAUGGGGUAGAAGAGGGUGCUAUGGGGAGGCAUAACGCGUUUGCAUUAGAUAGCGCUGUGAUUCCUGUGCACGUUCGCCUCUCCGGUGCCUCUGAUAAGUUCACUGCGGCAGUCGAGCUCGUCGUUGGUACGGAAAACGUUGACGGAAGCUGCUUAAACGGUGGAACUUACUUAGCGGAAGAGGUGGAAGUAGAUACAAUGGUGCGAACUGCACUUGUAAGAGACCAUCUUCCCGCUUACAGCGAUAGCGCUGAUGGUCUGUUCAGCGGGGAUAUUGAAACGAAGCACGAUGGAAACGACCGACCGUCGGUGAUUCCUUCUUGUACUUUUGACGGAAACUACGCCGAAUUGGAUACGACUUUUGGGAGUGAGAACGGUGAAAUUGCGCUUCUUGGAAGCUCAGAAGAUGCUUUCGAUCCUGUGGAUGAAUUGCUACCAGCUAUGUAUGAUGAAAGCGACGCAUGGUCUGAAGACGCUGCCUUAGAUGCAGAAUCACUAAAAGAAGCAGCGUUGCCGGGAUGUCGUAAUGCUAGUUUUGGAGCUAGAAGCGAUUCGUCUAUCAACGAAAGUCCCUGUCGUCCAGUAAACGAAACAAUCCUGGAUGUAGAUGCUGUACAGCCUGAUGGUAUCGCGCUGUUGCAGACCGGUGGAAUUAUAAGGUACUGCGAAUACAAACAAGCUCGCAACAUAUUGGUGGACAAGCUGUCAAUAGCGGUAUACGAAGCAAACGAAGACGACCCCGACCUCGUGUUACAAGCACUUGUGGGAAACGAUCCCCUGAGCGACGAUUGGUUUCUUGAUGUGUCUCCCAGCUCCUCACACCUAGAUACAAAGAAACUUGAUGUGAGUGCUGCUGGUCCGAGAAGCACGUUUGAUUUAAUCAUGAGUAAUGCCAGUCCGGAAGAAAUAUUGGCAGCAGAACUGUCAAACGACGAUUGUGGGGACUUCGAUUUAGUCGUUUCCUUCCGAUACCCAGUGCCUGGACGGAGAGGACGUAAGCCGCCCGGCAGACGACAUUCAUCUUUUACUCACUUGCCUGCAGCUCAUGCACGUACCGGUAAUGAGAGCGAAACACUAGACGCGGUGGAUGACAAUGGUGUUGCUGCACACGAUGCGCCACUACUAGCGAGCAAGCACAUUGCUAAACCAUCUCGAGAGAACGCUACGGUAGGUGCUAUGCCUGUACCGAGCUCAAGACUCCGACGAAAGACUUUUACGACAUCAGCCGGUGCCAGUAUGCUACCACCUACUGGUACAUCGAUCGCACAGCCACAGUCGCUAAUGCGGACUGUGCAGGCUGCAUCACCUGUGAGUUCUGCUCGUGCAACCUCCAUUGACUCGAUUCCACGAUUGAAAGCCUUGGCGUCUUCUGCGUCGAACGUGCUGCCAACAGCGCGGUCUUUUCUCCAGCGACGAAGUUUACCUACGACUUCGUCGAGUACGAUAAAGGCGCCUGCCGCGUCAGGGAUGACGAGGAACAGCAUUGCGAACUCUUCAAAGCUAGCUGAAGGCAGUAGGUUGCCUGCGCCGCAGCGGACUUUCGGUUUUCGACGCCCAUCAUCGGGCCUGAUCAAAAGGACGUAG